GGGCGCCAUUAUCAAAUUGUCCCAUCAUCCCUCCUGGUCUCGGUCCUUUUUGAUCAUAUGCCGCCCACCACCCACCUUCUCCUUCUUCUUCUUCCGUCUCGUUUAUCUCUCGCACACUCUUCUUCUACCCUUUACUGCAUCGCAACUAGCAUCCCGGGUACUUACACAAUCUACUAAUACCCGUCCAUCUUCUAUACUGACGUACAAGCUGCUUGUACACUCAGUCUCUCUCUGCCGACCUACUUGUUGGAGGCGAAUCCCCCGUUUCACAUUUCCGACCUGAGUCAUCUGGUGCGAACCAGCUUGCACUACCACAACACACAUCACACCCCCCCACAUUCACCAUGGGCGAACGCUGGGAUCGUGACCGUUUCCUGUAUGAACGGAGUCGUGACCAGAGCCGCGACCAGAGCCGGGCUGAAGAUGAACGAACCUAUAUGCGCGGUGGACGGGGCAGUUUCGAUCGUUCGGAUGAUCGACAAGACCGCCGUGUCAACCGCGGCUUUGACGAUGACGACAUGGUGCGAGAUCGCCGCUACUACCCCGAGGACCGACCUAUGCCUCGCCGCGAGGGCCCUGGACCCGAAUACCAACGCCGAGGCGUAAUGGAGAGGGAGCGAGAGCGGGACUUUCCUCCCCGCGACCCUGCUCCUCGCCGUCCCGGCUUCCUGCGCCGCCAGUCCUCUCUUGACACAUUUGAUCGUCGCCCAUCUCGCAUCUUCCACGAGCACGAUGAACUGCCCCCGCCAGCCCGCCGCGAGGACGUCCGUCGGGACGACUACCGCGCUCCCGCAUACACCCCGAUUCCUCUCCCCAAGGCUCGCGGACUGCCCCCGCCUCGCCGCUACCCCGACCAGGGAUUCUACGAUGACAUCAAAGUCGCUGAGCCCGAGUUCUAUGGCGAUGAUGACUUCAGGCCAUAUCCCGAUCGUGUUCGCGAACGAGAGUAUUCUAGAACCACCCGGACCCAACGCUCCCACAGCCGGGAUUCCUUAUCUACCCGAACCAGAUCUCAUCGAAGCAGCUCGAUCUCUUCUUCUACCUCUAGCCACUCCUCUAGCAGCAGCGGAGGUACCACCGUACGGAGCGAGUACCCUAAGAAGGGCAAGACUCGCAUCCCCUCCAAACUCGUUUCCAAGCGAGCUCUCAUUGAUUUGGGAUACCCGUUCUUCGAGGAGGGCAACACAAUCAUUGUGCAGAAGGCUCUCGGACAGGACAACAUUGAUGAGCUACUCAAGGUUAGCGAAGAUUACAAGAAGGUUGAACUGGAUAUCCUUGCCGCUCGAAACCCUCCAGCCCCAGUUGCUGCGCUUCCUCCUCCUCCUCCCCCUUCCAAAGCACCGGCACCGCCCCCUCCACCGCCCGUCUUCGAAACCCCAGCUCCUCCGCUCGACCCUAGGCCAGCUCCUCCUCCCGAGCCUAGGAAAGAGAAGGCUUUUCCGCCGCCGCCACCAGUGGUGGUGGCGGUGCCACCUCCAGCCCCCCCACCCCCAGUCAUCAUUGAUGCUGGACCACCAGUAGAGCUUGUCGAGGAGACAUUCAUUCGUGACGAAUCUCCCAGUCGAUCUAGCAGCACUUCAAGCUGGGACACGCAUCGCCAUCGUCACAGAAGUCGCCGCCGCCGCAAGUCUGUGGGACCCUUGGCGAUCUAUGAACGAUCCCGUUCUCGUUCUCGCAGCGGCCAUGAGCUCCGCGCCGAGAUUCGCGCCCUGGAGCGUGAACUUGCACAUCGCCCCAAAGGCUCUUCCAAUCGCGAACUGGUGCGAGCUGAGCGACUUCCUGAUGGACAAGUCGUGAUCUAUGAGGAGAAGUUGGAGAAGGUGGUCGAGCACCACAAGCCACCGCGGCUUGAGAAGGACAAGAAAGGACCUCCUCCCUCACUCGUACGAGCUAUGCUCAAAACCUUGACCUGAAUGGGCACCACGACGCAAAUGCAGAAAAGGAGGUUGGAUGAAGAGAUAUGACUGGGGAGCGGCUUGAAAUUGAAUCUUUUCCUUCUCUUUUAAUGAGGCAGAGGUUGUACCAGCCGGAACAGUGAGCUGCGGUACACGCUACCAAGGACCAACGGGAUCUACGAACGAAUAAAGAGCUCAUGAAUGGGCGCAUAUACGAAUCGAAUGUACAAUGAUGGAAAUGAUAUAGACGUGUACUGUGAUUUUGGGAUCAUGACUCAGUGGCACGGCGGAUUCACGGGUUGGCUUUGUUCUGGUCUGGAUUUGGGCGCAGGUAUUGGCGGAAACGGCGACAUCAGUAACGACGAUAUGACAAUUUUCUUUCAAGAUUAAAGACACUUAUUUUCACAAGC